CCCAGGCGCCCUGCGUGGCCGCACUGGCCCUGCUUCCUCUGGCCCAACCAUGCCUCUGCCCAGCCACCUGCUGCCCGCCCUGGUCCUGUUACUGGCAAGAUCCCCAGGCUGGGCCUGGGUCCCCAGCCACUGCAGGAGCCCCAGCCAGGCCGCGUGCAACUUUGUGUGUGACUGCAGGGACUGCUCAGAUGAGGCCCAAUGUGGUUAUCGUGGGGCCUCGCUCGCCCUGGGCACCCCCUUCGCCUGCGACUUCGAGCAGGACUCCUGCGGCUGGCGGGACAUUAGCACCUCAGGCUACAGCUGGCUCCGAGACAGGGCAGGGGCCGCACUGGAGGGUCCUGGGCCUCACUCAGACCACACGCUGGGCACCGACCUGGGCUGGUACAUGGCCGUCGGAACCCACCGAGGGAAAGAGGCAUCCACCGCAGCCCUGCGCUCGCCAACCCUGCGAGAGGCAGCCCCUUCCUGCAAGCUGAGGCUCUGGUACCAUGCGGCCUCUGGAGAUGUGGCUGAGCUGCGGCUGGAGGUGACCCACGGCUCAGAGACCCUGACCCUGUGGCAGAGCACAGGGUCCUGGGACCCCGGCUGGCAGGAGUUGGCAGUGACCACAGGCCGCAUCCGGGGUGACUUCCGAGUGACCUUCUCUGCCACCCGAAAUGCCACCCACGGGGGCGCUGUGGCUCUAGAUGACCUAGAGUUCUGGGACUGUGGUCUGCCCACCCCCCAGGCCAGCUGCCCCCUGGGACACCACCACUGCCAGAACAAGGUCUGUGUGGAGCCCCAGCAGCUGUGCGACGGGGAAGACAACUGCGGGGACCUGUCUGAUGAGGACCCACUCACCUGUGGCCACCACACAGCCACCGACUUUGAGACAGGCCUGGGCCCAUGGAACCGCUCGGAAGGCUGGUCCUGGAACCACAGUGCUGGUGGUCCUGAGCGCCCCUCCUGGCCACGCCGUGACCACAGCCGUAACAGUGCACAGGGCUCCUUCCUGGUCUCUGUGGCCGAGCCUGGCACCCCUGCUAUACUCUCCAGCCCGGAAUUCCAAGCCUCAGGCGCCUCCAACUGCUCGCUGAUCUUCUAUCACUACCUGCAUGGCUCUGAGGCUGGCUGCCUCCAGCUGUUCCUGCAGACUCUGGGGUCCAGUGCCCCCCAGGCUCCCGUCCUGCUGCGGAGGCGCCGAGGGGAGCUGGGGACUGCGUGGGUCCGAGACCGUGUUGACAUCCAGAGCGCCCACCCCUUCCAGAUCCUCCUGGCCGGGCAGACAGGCCCGGGGGGCGUCGUGGGUCUGGAUGACCUCAUCCUGUCUGACCACUGCAGACCAGUCCCGGAGGUGUCCACCCUGCAGCCACUGCCUCCUGGGCCCUGGGCCCCAGCCCCCCAGCCCCUGCCACCCAGCUCACGGCUCCAGGAUUCCUGCAAGCAGGGGCAUUUUGCCUGCGGGGACCUGUGUGUGCCCCCGGAACAGCUGUGUGACUUCGAGGAGCAGUGCGCAGGGGGCGAGGACGAGCAGGCCUGCGGCACCACAGACUUUGAGUCCCUCGAGGCCGGGGGCUGGGAGGACGCCAGCGUGGGGCGGCUGCAGUGGCGGCGUCUCUCAGCCCAGGAGAGCCAGGGGUCCAGUGCAGCUGCUGCUGGGCACUUCCUGUCUCUGCAGAGGGCCUGGGGGCAGCUGAGCACUGAGGCCCGGGUCCUUACACCCCUCCUUGGCCCUUCUGGCCCCAGCUGUGAACUCCACUUGGCUUACUAUUUACAGAGCCAGCCCCGAGAGGUCUCCUGUAACUUUGAGCGGGACACAUGCAGCUGGUACCCAGGCCACCUCUCAGACACACACUGGCGCUGGGUGGAGAGCCGUGGCCCUGACCACGACCACACCACAGGCCAAGGCCACUUUGUGCUCCUGGACCCCACAGACCCCCUGGCCUGGGGUCACAGCGCCCACCUGCUCUCCAGGCCCCAGGUGCCAGCAGCGCCCACGGAGUGUCUAAGCUUCUGGUACUACCUCCAUGGACCCCAGAUUGGGACUCUGCGCCUGGCCAUGAGACGGGAAGGGGAGGAGACACACCUGUGGUCACGGUCGGGCACCCAGGGCAACCGCUGGCAUGAGGCCUGGGCCACCCUUUCCCACCAGCCUGGCUCCCGUGCCCAGUACCAGCUGCUGUUCGAGGGCCUCCGGGACGGAUACCACGGCACCAUGGCGCUAGACGACGUGGCCGUGCGGCCAGGCCCCUGCUGGGCCCCUCAUCACUGCUCCUUUGAGGAUUCGGACUGCGGCUUCUCCUCGGGAGGCCGGGGUCUUUGGAGGCGCCAGGCCAAUGCCUCGGGCCACACAGCCUGGGGCCCCCCAACAGACCACACCACUGAGACAGCCCAAGGGCACUACAUGGUGGUGGACACCAGCCCAGACGCACUGCCCAGGGGCCAGACAGCCUCCCUGAUCUCCAAGGAGUAUAGGCCCCCCGCCCAGCCUGCUUGCCUGACCUUCUGGUACCACGGGAGCCUCCAUAACCCAGGCACCCUGCGGGUCCACCUGGAGAAGGGCGGGAAGCACCAGGUGCUCAGCCUCAGUGCCCACGGUGGGCUGGCCUGGCGCCUAGGCAGCGUGGACGUGCAGGCUGAGCAAGCCUGGAGGGUGGUGUUUGAGGCAGUGGCCGCAGGCGUGGCACACUCCUACGUGGCUCUGGAUGACCUGCUCCUCCAGGAUGGGCCCUGCCCUCGGCCAGGUUCCUGUGAUUUUGAGUCUGGCCUGUGCGGCUGGAGCCACCUGGCCUGGCCCAGCCUGGGCGGAUACAGCUGGGACUGGGGCGGGGGAGCCACCCCCUCUCGUUACCCCCAGCCCCCUGUGGACCACACCCUGGGCACAAAGGCAGGCCACUUUGCUUUCUUUGAAACUGGCGUGCUGGGCCCCGGGGGCCGGGCCGCCUGGCUGCGCAGCGAGCCUCUGCCGGCCACCCCGGCCUCCUGCCUCCGCUUCUGGUACCACAUGGGCUUUCCCGAGCACUUCUACAAGGGGGAGCUGAGAGUGCUGCUGUGCAGUGCCCAGGGCCAGCUGGCCGUGUGGGGCACAGGCGGGCACUGGCGGCACCAGUGGCUGGAGGCCCAGGUGGAGGUGGCCAGCACCAAGGAGUUCCAGGUUGUGUUUGAAGCCACUCUGGGUGGCCAGCCAGCCCUGGGGCCCAUUGCCCUGGAUGAUGUGGAAUACCUGGCCGGGCAGCGUUGCCAGCAGCCUGCCCCCAGCCCAGGGGACACAGCCGCACCCGUGUCUGUGCCAACUGCAGUUGGCAGUGCCCUCCUAUUGCUCAUGCUCCUGGUGCUGCUGGGACUUGGGGGACGGCGCUGGCUACAGAAGAGGGGGAGCUGCCCCUUCCAGAGCAACACAGAGGCCACAGCCCCCGGCUUUGACAACAUCCUUUUCAAUGCGGAUGGUGUCACCCUCCCGGCAUCUGUCACCAGCAAGCCGUAGACCACCUCAGACAAGGCCCCGCUUCCUCACGUAACAUCCAGCACUUGGUCAGACCCUAGCCGGGGACCGGACACCUGCCCUGCCCAGGCUGGGACAGGCUGCAGGUCUCAGGACAUGCCGAGGCCUGGGCGUUCCCUGCCCUGUGCUGACUAUUGCUCUGUGAAUAAACACCCUGGCCCAUGAGGGCGGCCCAAG